AUGACGGGAGAAAUGAUCGAAAAUGCUAUAAGGAGCGGCAAGAUAGAAUUGGGAGAGAGUGCUAAGAAGUCAGUCCCGUGGAAAAUGGAUAAUGAAGUAAAUAACACGAGCACAUUCAACAAGGGGCAGUCCAAAUCAUUUACCGUAAAUCAACCCAAAAUGGUGACCACCAAUCAACAAAGCCCUGAAUCCAAUGCAAGGAAGAACACAGAAAGGCCACAAUUUACCCUUAUACCUAUGAUGUAUAGGGAGUUGUACCAGAACCUGUUUAACGCUCAUGUGAAAGUGGUCGAAAGACUCAUUAAGGUCGGAAUCGUGAGAUUUGAUGACUCAGCCAUGUCCAAUGUAGCAGGAAACCCACUCCCCAAUCACACCGACCAAGGAGUGAACGGGAUAAGCGAACGCCAAAACAAGAAGAUUAAGUGUGAGGUUGUGAAAGUCAGGACCCCGUUGAGACAAGUGUGGAGGGAGAUGGUCAUGAGAGGUUUGGUCGCGUUGGAUUUGGGAAGAGAAUCCAAAGAAGAGAGGAACUACUGCGAGUUCCACAAUGAGGUGGGGCAUGAAAUCCAAGAGUGUGUGGAGUUCAGGGCCCUAGUGCAGAACAUGAUGAACAAUAAGGAAAUGGAAUUCUAUGAAGAGACUAAAAACCUCGUAGAGGAAGACAUAUGUGCGUCGGAGGGAGAGUCGACGAGACUUGCAGUCUUCCCUUACAAAGAUAGCAAAAGGGUCCCAUGGAAUUAUGAUUGUAAUGUGACAAUUCUGGGGAAGGAAAGCCUGGUCGACACUUUAAAAGAGGACCAAGAUAGAGGCUCCUAUACACGUAGUGGGAGACGUUACGAUACAGCGAGUGAGAAGGCACAGCCCGUAAAACGAAAAGCCCUAGUGGUCGAAGGGGUGAAGGAAAAAGCGACCAAAUCCGAACUUCCUGUCAAUGAGCUAGUUAACAAAGAAGAGGCUAAGGAGUUUUUAAAAUUCCUAAAGCAUAGUGAAUACAGCAUGGUGGAACAGCUAUGUAAACAACCAGCUCGUAUCUCAGUGUUGGCCUUACUUCUAAGCUCGGAAGUUUAUCGCAGCGCGUUAAUGAAGGUCUUGAAUGAAACGUAUGUUGCCAAUGAUAUCUCCGUUAACAAACUGGACCGAUUGGUUAGUAACAUAAGUGCCGACAACUAUAUCUUCUUCAAUGACGAUGAGCUACCACCCGGUGGCAUGGGGUCGACUAAAGCAUUGCACAUUACCACGCACUGUAAAGGGUAUACGCUGCCAGGCGUACUGACUGACAAUGGAUCGGCUUUGAACGUCCUGCCAUUGACCAUACUAAACAGAUUACCUGUAGACAACUCUCACAUGAAGGAGUGCCAGAAUAUAGUGAAGGCAUUUGACGGCACGGAGAGAAAGGUGAUGGCUGGGGCAGUGCCUUCUUCGUUGCAUCAAAAGUUGAAGCUGGUAUCAGAGGGGAGGUUGAUAAUGAUCAAUGCUGAAGAGGAUAUCAUUGCAACUGUGAGCAAUAAUGCGCCCUAUUUGGAGACAGAUGACAAAGCAAUUGAAUAUUCAUUUCGAUCUUUAGAAUUUGUUAAUGCAACCUUCAUCACCGAUGGAAGCAAAAUUUUAGUGCCAAAAUUGUCCAAAACCACGAGGAUGAGCCUCCAAUUAACGAUUGGAAAAGGGGCCCUACCCGGAAGAGGACUUGGGAGACAUCUGCAAGGAAGGGUUGAAACGCCAAUGUCGAAAGACAAGAGAGACCGCUUUGGUUUAAGAUUUAAGCCGAAUGUGAAACAAAGGAGAAGGAAGUUGGGAAAGCAAGAAAGAAGAAGAGCUCAAUUAACGAGGGAGGAAAUCAAGUGGGAACCAAUGACAUUCCCUCAUAUAUCGAAAACAUUUGUGUUCGGGGGAAUCAUUCAUCCCAGGAGAGACACACCAAUGACGGGAGCUAUAGAAGAAAGGCUGGAAAGCUUGGACAUCAACGUCAUAUGCGAAGAGGAGACCGGAGGAGAGAAUUUGUCGGGCAUUUGCCUCUGCACGCCUGGAAGUGUUCUGGACAACUGGACUGCGGAAGAGAUUUUUGUAGCUUUUAGAACGGAUUCAGAGUAA